UGGAACAAACCACUGGCAGCUCUUACCGGGUACCAAAACUAUACAAAAAAGGGUACUUUGUUCCACGAUUCGUGGUUCUGUAUUUGUAGAUUUAUAACGAAAUGACAGGUGAAGGUAGUUCGAUUGCUGAAAAGCAAUCAGCAGCAGAAAAAGUGGGGACGAGUGAAUUAAAGUCAAAUGCAAAACGCGUCGUUGCCUCUGGAAAGCGUGAAUUUGGAGGCGCCAAGGGCGCCAUUGCGCUGAUGCUGGGUAGUCCAGCUGUCAUGUACUAUUUGUGGAUCUGUCAGGCUUAUAACGAUGGACAAAUCCUGCUGCCGAAAUCUCUUAAUGCGUCCGGACUGUCGGAUUUUUUCAGGUUCUGCGGUCAAUGCAUCUACGAAGGUGCUUAUCCUACUCGUCAGGCUUGGACCAUCUUCCUCACGUUCUUCUUCGUCCAAAUGCUGUUCUAUGUCACACUUCCAGGUCUCCGUACCAGGGGUCUCCCAUUAAAACACCGUAACAACCAGAGUCUCCCCUAUCUCUGUAAUGCAGUGUGGUCCUUUUACACGUCUAUUGCAAUUAUGACUGUUCUUCAUGUUUCCAACAUCUUCCGAAUUACGACACUUCUCGACAUAUUCGGUUCGUUGAUGACAGUCGCCAUUUGUACCGCGUUCGUUACCACCUUCGUCAUCUACGCUGGAAUAAUUGUUUUCCGCGGAAAGCUGUUUGACACUCCUCAUCGCCUGUCGGGCAAUGUCAUUUACGACAUGUUCAUGGGUGCCGGUCUCAAUCCUCGCAUCGGUCGUAUGCUGGACUUGAAGAUGUUCUUUGAAGUCCGUAUCCCCUGGUUCACUUUGUUCUUCUUGUCCAUCUCCGCUGCUGUUCGUCAGUACGAGAGAUAUGGUUACGUUUCUCCCCAGGUUGCCUUUGUCUGUUUGGCUCACUAUUUGUAUGCCAAUGCUUGUGCUAAGGGUGAAGAGCUUAUUGUCCCUACUUGGGACAUGGCGUAUGAGAAAUUCGGUUUUAUGCUGAUUUUCUGGAAUAUGGCCGGCGUACCCUACACUUACUGUCACUGUACUCUGUACCUUGCUGCCCGCAACCCUGCUGUCUACAAGUGGUCCACGGAAUACAACGUUUUUCUUUACACCCUUCUGCUCUGCAGUUACUACGUUUUCGAUACUUGCAACAGUCAAAAGAAUCGUUUCCGCCAGCAGAUUUAUGGUCAAUACAAGCCGCGUAAAACAUUCCCUCAGCUUCCCUGGCAGCUCAUUAAAAACCCGACCUUUAUUCGUUGUGCCAACGGUGGUACUCUCCUUACUUCUGGUUGGUAUCGUUAUGCUCGCAAAAUUCACUACACGGCCGACUUCUUCCAGUCUCUGUCUUGGGCUCUAAUCACCGGCUUCGGCUCACCCUUGCCCUAUUUUUACCCCUGUUUUUUCUUCGUCGUUCUUGUCCACCGUGUAACUCGUGAUGUGAAGAAAUGUAAAGUUAAAUAUGGUGCCGACUUUGAUGAAUAUUGCCGUAUUUGUCCCUACUUGUUUAUUCCUUAUAUUUUCUAAAUGUGCACAGCUACUGCUUCUGCCACUGGCGAUGAUGCAUGUCAUUCGCUAGUAGGCAAUGCUGUUUGUCUCUGCUCUCCUACUACUAUUAAAAUUGUAUUCUAAGUUCUCGCGGUGCGCGUCUACCGUUUCCGUAAUGGCAUUUAUGUCUUCAAUGAAUAUCUUGUUCUGUUCCUUAGUAAACCCCCA